AUGGCCGCCAUACACGUCCUCGAUGAUUAUUAUCUUGCCAUCACCUUCCUCGUUACUGUUGCAUACCAGCUGAUCGGCUUUGCGAUAGCCUUUUCGUUCAAGUUCGACAAACUUACCGAUUUUGCUGGCGGCACCAACUUCAUCCUUCUUGCGAUCAUCACGCUCUCAUGCAGUGAGAACCGCGGCGAUGCGCGCAACAUUGUGGUAUCGCUAUUUAUCAUGCUGUGGGCGGCAAGACUGAGCGGCUUUCUUCUUUUCAGGAUUCUCAAGACUGGCAAGGAUGAUCGUUUCGACGAUAAGAGGGACAAGUUCUGGUCGUUCCUCGGAUUCUGGGUGUUUCAAAUGUUCUGGGUUUGGACUGUAUCCAUGCCGGUCACUAUUCUGAACUCUCCAAAAGUCACUCGAUUCAAUCAGCCAGACUUUGGAACAGGCUGUGAUAUCGCUGGCAUCAUUCUGUGGUCAAUUGGUUUCAUCAUGGAAAGUGUUUCCGACGUCCAAAAGUACAGGUUCCGUACUGCUCACGGUAGCGACGGCGCCGUCUGCAAUGUCGGGUUCUUUGCCUGGACGCGCCACCCGAAUUACUUCGGUGAGAUGCUCAUCCAGUUCGGUAUAUUCACGAUCGCUAUAUCCCCGGCUGCAAACAACUACGUCUCGGGCGGUGCAUAUGACGCUCUGUACGCGUCUAUUCUCGGUCCAUUCUUCCUGACUCUGCUACUCAUGUUCGUAUCCGGCCUUACGCUACAGGAACGACCUGGCGCAAAGAAGAGAUACGAGAAAGGCAACCGAUGGCCCGAGUACGAGCAAUACCUCCACCGAACGAGCAUUCUCAUCCCUUUCCCGCCACAGCUUUACGCCAAGCUGCCCGUCAUUCUAAAGAGAACCAUCUUCCUUGAGUUCCCAAUCUAUGUCUUUGAUCCAGCCAAGCAUGCAGACCAAGACAAAGUGCAAGCCAGAAACGCGGAGGAAGGUCAAACCAGGCCGAGUGAUGAGCAAGGCCUUAGAUCUUGA